AUGACUCAGAAAAUGAAUCAAGAUUAAACUCAGCAAUAAACCAAUAAAUAAAGUAGUCUAAAUUCUAUACUUUAUUUAAAUGAAUAAAAACAAAUGCUGCUAUUGCUGAAUAUUGAUGUAAAUUGGCUUAAAAUUUAAGCAUUUUCUUGUAAAACAAGAGGACAAUUACAGGAUAGGUUAUAGAUCGAUUUAGCAAUGCGAAAUCUCUCUAUUAAGAAUUCUAUUUAAAACUGGCGCAAAAGGAAAGACUCUAAUGUAGAGUUUUAAGCACCAACCACCAAAUUACCAUCCUAACAUGCACAAAAUUAAUAAUUAAAUUAAAGGUUCAUAGAAUAAAAAUCAGUUGAAUUACCAAUGCUCAAACCUAUCUCAUAUGCCUUUAAAUAAAUAUAGAAUAAAUACAAGCAAAUUGGCAAGUCGAGACAAAAAAAGACUCCACUUCAUUUGUCUGCUAUAUAAUGUCCAAUAAAUAAUGUAGAAUUCAAGAAGCCAGAAAUCAGUAGGUCUAUUAACUCUAGAUUACAUUCUAAUAAAUUUAAAACAGUCAUAGAGUUUAAAGUUGUACAAGAAAAUAAAUUUUUUAUGAUCUCAGAUUAAGGAAGAGAAAUUAAUAAUAUUUAACCUUAAUUGAAACUUAGGGAUUAAGUAGACACCUUAUACUCCUAAUUUUUUGGAAAUAUUAAUAGAAAAAGGGCAGUGACUAUGUGUAAUGGACAAACAAAUGAAAUUGACUUUGAAUAUAAAACAACUAACUUGGAGGAUAAAAUAAAAGUACACAAAUUUUGA